AAUUUAAUAUAUAUAAUGGUAUAUCAGUGGACAAACUUCGUUUGGGAAACAAAUGCCUGGUGGUUGAGAAGAAUCAGACCUGUAUUUUUAACAUUUUUAUCAUAAAGUUUGUUGUUUUGGGUGCUUUUGCAUUUACAGCAUUCUAUGGAGGCAGAUAUUACUUUUUCGGCAAAUGGGCAUAUUAUAAAUAAAGACAAUUUACAGAGGCAGAAUUAGUUUCUUAAGCUGAAGUUAAUAAGAGGUUAUUUUUAUGUAUAAACUUAUUAGAAAUUGGGGUUAUGGUGUUUGGUACAAACCAACUCUUGAAAGAAGCAGAAAGAAACUAUUAUAAGAUGCUUUAAAAGGUAUAGUUAAAUUAAAAAUAUUUUAGAUAAAUACAGAUAUGCAAUGACCUGGGAAGAAUUAUUUUAUGAAGAUCCAAGACCAGUAGAAGAAAUUCUUGAGGAAGAAAAUUCAUGGGAAGAAUAUGAAAUUUGAUAAAAUUAAAAUAAGCUUAAAAAUAAAUAUAUUCC